AUGAGAAUCACAGGCUCUGAAGUGAAUAGCUGGCUAGCCGGCACCAUCUCUUUACUCAGCUUGGUAACGGUGGCCAGGGCAUCGUGUACACUCCCAUCAUCAUACAAGUGGACAUCAACGGGCCCACUAGCAACCCCAAAGUCCGGCUGGGUUUCUCUCAAAGACUUCAGCGCCAUCCCAUAUAAUGGCCAGCAUCUCGUUUAUGCGUCCACCGUCGACUCGGCAGGAUCCUACGCCUCAAUGAACUUUGGCCUCUUCUCAAACUGGUCAAGCAUGGGCUCGGCAAGCCAGAACGCGAUGAAUAAUGGAGCUGUUGCUCCUAACCUCUUUUACUACAGCCCAAAAAAGAUUUGGGUUAUCGGACAAGAAUGGGGUGUAUACCCGUUCAACUAUAUGACAUCCAGUGACCCUACGAACCCAAAUGGAUGGUCUUCACCCCAAGCCCUAUUCACUGGGAGUUUGCCCGGCACUGGCCCUAUUGAUCCGGCGCUUAUCAGCGAUGGCACAAAUAUGUAUCUAUUUUUUGCGGGAGAUAAUGGUCAUAUUUAUCGGUCCAGCAUGCCGAACUCGCAGUUCCCAGCAAGCUUUGGUUCAAAUUACACAACAAUCAUGACUGCUGCUACCAAUGACCUAUUUGAAGCGGUACAGGUUUACAAAGUUGAUGGCCAGAACCAAUACCUUAUGAUCGUUGAGUGUAUUGGAUCGGUGGGGCGGUAUUUCCGCUCUUUUACUGCUAGUAGUCUCAGUGGUUCAUGGACAGCGCAAGCUGCGUCAGAGAGCAACCCCUUCGCUGGACAGGCUAACAGCGGAGCAUCUUGGACUAAUGAUAUUAGCUCUGGCGACCUGAUCCGCAGCACAAAUGAUGAGACCAUGACCAUUGACCCUUGCAACUUACAACUGCUUUACCAGGGCAUGGCUAUCGGCUCUAGCGGGGAGUAUAAUCUCCUGCCAUGGCGACCCGGUGUCCUCACACUCACCAACCCUGGCAGUGGCUCCGGAGGAUCUGGAGAUGGAGGAUCCGGAGAUGGAGGCUCAGGCACGGCGGGUCACUGGGCCCAAUGUGGUGGUCAAGGAUGGACAGGGCCUACUACUUGCGAGAGCCCCUACACAUGCACUGUAAGCAACCAGUGGUAUUCGCAAUGUCUGUAA